GUGUCUUACCGAUGAUAUAAUCACUGAGCAUAAUAAACGAGCUAUUGGAAGUUCAUAUCCUGAAAGAUCAGCAAGGGUACAAGCAAAUUGCGUGCGUAAUAAAUGCAAUUAAGUAUUUCGCCGAUCAUUAGCUACUAAGAACACAUUAAACAUUCUGUUAUUGGAGUGAAGAUGGAAGAAUCAAACACAUUAAAGAAUGGAAGAAUUUACUUGGGAAAAGACUCUACAAUAAUUUUGGGUAUUAGUCCCGGCAAUCCACACUACCAUAAUGUUCAAAAUCUUAAAAGCUUGUUCGAUUUCGCGCAAAAUCAUUCCACACAAAAAGUCUUACUGUUUCUUACGGAUAAAAUAUCCGAGCAUAAUUACAGAGCAAUUGGAAGUUCAAAUCCCGAAAGAUCAGCAAGAGUACAAGCAAAUUGCGUGCGUAAUAAAAGCAAAGAAGCAAUCCGAUUAUGUAAUGGUCAAGGUCGUUUUCAGUUUGUCAAUUGGAGUGAGAAUGUCGAAGUUUCAGGUCCAUAUAUUGAUGCUUUUACUGCUAUGAAACGUUUAUAUGAGGAAAAUCACUCUUUCCAGAAAGAUGUUAUGGAGUCGUCCAAUAAUGCGUUACAAUCACUCAAAAAAAAUCGUCAAAAAUCAUCGAUGGAGAAUGGUUUCAACUUAGAAGAAGGAGUAAAUUAUUUGCUGAAAGAACUCGCUUUCUUGUCUGUUGUAAACAAUAUUUAUGAUUGCAGUGAAUAUAUGGUUUUGGUCUACCACAGACGUUGGCCUGUUCUUGAGAAAUAUUGUGAUGGUGGAUAUGAUAACAUUUCUAAGCCAUUCUUAGGAUUUCAUGUUAUGAAAUAGAAUUCCAGGACUUUUAAUUGUAUUGCUGUGACGACUCGUUGAAAGUACGUGAUUGCUCGACCAAAUACAUAAAAUUAGUUGCUCAUUACGAAUAACAUAAAUAGAAGACGUGAAUAUACUGUAUAUGCUUGUUGUCACAAGGCUUUUUUUGUUAUAUGUGUGAAUGCGUAAGUUUAAAAAUUAUCGGAUAUCGAAUAAUUUUGAUUAUAAUUAUCCGAUAGCCGAUAAUUUAGAUUAUAAUCAGCAACAUUCAGUGUAUUUUUUCGUAGGGUUUUGUCUUGAAGCUACAAUUAAAGCUUUAUAUAAGGCUAUUAACAGUACUACAUAAUAAAGGUGAUGAUAAGCUUUACUAAUUAAUCAUGGGCGAAGGGAUAAGUCUCAUACCAAUGGGCUUAGCUUAUCACUCAAGAUGAAUUCUUCCUUAUGCUCCACAAAAUGACCAGAAAAUUUUGAAUAGUUAAAAUGACGUGUUUUAUUCUUAUAAUAUUUAAUAUGAUUAAUUAAACUUAACAUUCAUAAAAUCAGUUGCAACCAACAGCACAGAAAUGUUUA